UAUUAUGGGGCUUCUGAUUUGAUGAGUGCAGUCCCUACUCUAAUCCUGCCUACCAGGAGCUUGUGUCUGUGUUCCCUCCCCUCCCUUCUCUGGCUGGUAGCAGGCUGCUCAGUCUUUGUGAGAUUGGAGGAGUCGAGGCAGUGUGCCUUUCUCCUCCUGGAGUCUAGUUGACGGCUACCCUGUUCUCCACCUUCUCUAGCAAGGCACCAUGGACUCUGAGGGCUGUGACAUGCCAAGCACUUCCAACCAAGCAGUGAAGGAGGAAGGUCGUGUAGCAGUGGCCCAAGGCUCAUUGAACAAGCCAAAGAGCAGACUGACAAAGCCUGGUGUGAAGCUGCCCAAUGAAAUUCAGGCCAAGGUUGGCAACAAGGGAAAUAGGCAACCAAUUUCCAAUAGGCCAGCUUCCACACCGCACAGAUUGCCCAGUGGCAGUAAAAAGAGCAUUGAGCAAGGGCCAAGAGUCACAGCAACACACACCUCACUGGGAUCUGGCACAUCAUCCCAUGCUAAAAUCAUGGAGAAGAAAAUGGCAGCCAGGGACAAGGCCACAAAGGAACUGAGUGGGGCAUAUACUGGAAGUGGAAAUGGUGACCUGAUUUUGAGGAAGGCUGGAGGACCGAGCAAGCUGUUGCCCAUGCCCAAUGCUGUUGCUAAGGUGAAGAAUCCAACUCUGCAGCCCAACCCCACAGUUUCCAAGAAGCCAGUUCCUGCCAAGGUACUUACUGCAGCACCAGAGAGACCACCUCCAAGCAAAUCAGCCAGACCAGAUGCUACUCCUUCAAGCCACUUGACCCAGAGUGCAGGAGCACAGAGGAGACCACCAGGAUCUGCCAACGCAGGAAAACUGAGGCGGCCACUACUUCAGGUUCCUCAUGACCGAACCCAUCCUGCGCCAUCGCGUGUCCUGCCAACAAAAACUCAACCAGGAAAAUCCAUCACUGCUUCAAACAAAGAUGUGAAGUCAGGCACUUCACUGGCUGUUACUCCUUCCAGUUCUGAACUCAAAAAGGUCACCCACUCAGUGAGGUCAACAAAACCAACAUCAGCAAAACCUUCAGAAGUGGAGGGGAAGAAUUUACAUGCAAGACUCAAAGGUCCGAUAGCUAAAGUGUCGACCAAAUCCACAGCAAGACCACUGCCAGGUAACUCCACAUCUGGAGCAAGUGUUCCCAAACCAUCAACUAAAGCUUUGAAGAGAAAUGUGGAGAAGCAAUCUGUGCCAAACAAGACUCUGCCAGUCUCUGCCAGGCAACCACUUUCUGAAAACCAUGUUGAGGGAGGGAGGGCUGGAGGGCAAGGAGGAGCUAUUUCAAAGAAGUCAGCUGAAGUAGAGAGUGUGGUAACAAAUGAAGCGAAUGUAGCCUUCCCCAGUGACGAUGUGGUGGUGAAUCCUCAGAGGGACCAAGAGAAUGAGGAAUUUAAAUCUCCCCCUGGAGUACAGUCCACCCCUUUCCUUUGCAACACUGAAAUGGAAACCUUGAUUCCAACUGAAGAGGGGAAGCUGGAGGAUGCAAAGGUAGAGGCCAAAUCUUUGGGAGAGAACACCGCUGCUAAAAGUGAACAGGAAGAGUCAACACAACACAUUCUUGACUUGGAUCAAGAAAACGAGAGUGGUCUGAGUCUGGACCGAAUGAUGGAACCGGUUUCAAACUUCUAUCCAAAAAAUGAAGUGCAAAACCUUGGUGCUCUGGACUUCAGCAGAACAGAAGCUGAACAGAUUAAUGAUGGUGAGACAAAUCAUUUUGAUGGGAAAACUGACUUGAACACAUUGAAGGCACGAGAUCUACUUCCUGAAUCUAGUUUGGCCCCUUCAGGGAAGGGGAUGCCACUCAAUCCUGUUGAGGAUGGUUCACCAAUGGAAGAUGGAUCUGCAAUCAACAAUGACCAUGCUGUCUCUGUGCCAAUGCUGCAGGAUCUGAUAGCACUCACAGGGCUGCCUGUGGAAUGCUGUCUCCGUGACCGUUCCCCUGAGAUGAACAGUAAUCCAUCUGAUGUAGAGAAAGUGAACCCUGCCCUGUAUGAGUAUUCUGAAGAGGCUGAUACUGAAGAAUCUAAUGAGUUUUGCCCUGACUCACUCCAAAGUGAGGAUGACCAAAACCUUGUCUCUGAAUCUCCAAACCUCCUGGAGACAAGACCAACAUCCUGCAAGAUGGAUGGCUCUGUCCUGCUAUUAGAGCAGAAACCAGGAAUCUCCUCUGAAGACUCUCGUGAGGACCCGGGUGUUUCCAAGUCGAGUACACUGAGUGGCCCUGACCUGGCAGGAAAAAGUAGUAGUACUACCAGCACUCCUGAAGAGCUGAAGGACUAUGAGAGCAGCUCCGGUGUAGAGUCCAAGUCUGAGAAACUAGAAUCUGGAGGGGACCUUUGUAUUCCUCUGACUGCACUGAGCCUAGUUGAUCUGGAUCAGGAUUUAGGGAUUCACUUGGAAAGGGUUGAAGAGCCAGAUACAAUUGCAGCAGAUGAUCUACAUGGUGAUCGCUCAACAGAGCCCAUGAUGUCUUCAGAGGAUGAAGACCACUUAGAGGCUGACUGUGGAAGAGUGGUAGAGUCUGGCCAAUGUGGAUUGGAAGGAAUUGACAAUCCAGUAUUUGAGGAUAAACCCAAAAUGGACUCUAAUUCAGAACUGCUCUGA